AUGCAGGCCUCAGUCGAGAAGUCCGCGGUUGUCUCGAAGCCUUAUGGCCCUAACCGCAAGCCUCGCGUUCCGCUGUCUUGCGGGCCCUGCCGAAUCAGGAAACAGAAAUGCAAUCGGCAGCAACCAUGCCAGAACUGUAUUGUGCGGAACCAACCAGGGGCCUGCACCUUCGUGGGUUCCCAGAACCGGACCGCGCCCUCAAGAUCCCCAGCCGAGAACAUGCAGGUUCGAAUAAACCGAUUGGAGACUCUGGUGACGUCUUUGGUUCCAAGGGGCGAUGAAAAACACGGAGCUUCCUCUUUCAGCAAUCUCUCGCCUGUGAGAACUCCAGAGAUUACGCCCCCCAGGCAGAUCCAGAGAGGCCAUGGUAUGCUGAAUGUUGAUGGCGAGCGUUCCUUUUAUCUUGGAGCAACACAUUGGAGUGACGUUCUUCACGAGUUAAAUGCGCUUAAAACUUCCUGGGGUCAAAUUCAAGAAGAACAUGACGAAGUAACCUUGAGAACUUCUUUGGCAUAUGCGGGCAUGGAAGGCCCUACGCCUAGUCUACUGUGUGGCUCCGUCAAGUUAGCCACCAUUGCGGAAUUGUUGGCAACAAUACCACCCAAACCUACAGUCGACAAGUUGAUCGCGAGAUUUUUUGAUGAGCACAGAUCCCCAGUCCCGUCUCUCCAUAUUCUACACCAACCUACGUUCUUGCAACAAUAUGAGGAGCAUUGGAGAACCCCUUCCUCCACAAAAGUGAUGUGGUUGGGUCUUCUUUUUUCGAUACUCAGUUUGUCCAUGCUGUCUUAUGGGCUCUCCAGGGAUGAGCCUCCGGAGUAUGAAGGGAUCUCGCAGUCUCUUUCGGAGUUAUACCGUCAGCGGACGUCUCAGUGCUUAAUGAUGGCAGACAUCACAAAGUAUUUGCCCUACACUGUAGAGACUUUGAUAUACCAUGGCUUUGCAGAGCAGCUCAGCAAGAAACCUAGCAAUGCUGGGGGCUGGAUCUUGCAGGGCGCCUUAGUCCGCGUAGCCAUCCAGAUGGGCUAUCACAGAGACCCUUCUCAUUUCCCAAAUAUCUCUGUCUUCGAUGGAGAAAUGCGUCGAAGGAUAUGGUGCUUCAUAUUAACCUCCGAUGCCGUAUCAUCCUUUACAGUAGGUUUACCUAACAUGAUACGGUCUGUGGACCACGACGCUGCUGAACCCAGAAACAUUUAUGAUUGGGAAUUGAACGAGGAAAUGACAACACUUCCCCGCUCAAGGCCACUCUCUGAAGAAACCCCUGUGUCAUAUUUGAUUGUGAAAAGUAGAGUUUUGCGACCUCUUGCCGCGGUGACGGAUUUUGUCUGCUCUCUGCAAGCGGACUCGUACGCCGCCGCGUUACAAGUUGACACACAGCUAUGCGAAGCACACUCACAAAUCCCGCAUCGAUUCAGGAUGCGGGGUUUGGAGGAUACGAUCACCGACUCUUACUCUACCGUUACAAGAAGCAUCCAAUUAGAGUUUGAAUUCCACCAGGGGAUAUGCGUUCUACAUCGCCGCUUUCUAGCGCCUGGACGGCUUGACCGCCGUUAUGCCCUUUCGCGCGAGCGCUGUCUUGAAUCUGCAAUGGCCCUGCUUAACCUCCAGAAUAUCCUCUAUGGACUGGCGAAGAGCGCGGGCCCAGUAGACGUAUCGGGGUCGGGGCAUCGAGUGCACUCCACCCACCAGGGGUUCAUACUCCCAGCGGUGAUUCUUUGCUUGGAUCUACGAUGCAAACCCAAGGGGGUAUCCGAGAGCAGUAGCCCAGGCUCCCAGGGCCGAGAUGUCCACCAUGACGCUGUUUUGAAAGCCCUCUGGAGAUGCUACAGAAUAUGGAGCGAUGCUCGAGACUACUCCUCCGAGACACGCAAGGUGUUUCUGGUUCUGUCUCGAUUGAUGCACGGUCUUGGCAUUGGCGAUACGAAAGACGGCUUUCCAGUAGCACAGAGAGCGGCACCGCCAUCUCCAGUGUCAAUAGAGGGAUUCGCAGUGCCCGCGAGAGAUCCGUUGUCGAGUCAGAAUGAGGGCCCGCACCCUGCCGAGAUGGAAAUUGACUGGGUAAGUUGUGGCCUCCACGCAUCUCUAUAA